GGGUACGCCGCUCCAAUACACAUAUAACCGCCUACUCGUGUCCGAGCAAUCGAGUAGAGUUCUUACGGAUGUAAACAUUUAAAAUAAAUCUAGUAGUAGGUAGAAAAAUUACAACAACAAAUCUUAACAUGCCGGCCUGAUCAUGUAAUUUAUUAUCAUCCACUUUGAGAUAAUAAUUAUUUAUUACAAAUUCAUUAAGUAGUUGUAAUAGUUAUAGUUAAUAAUAUUAAUUAAUUAAUUAAUAAUAAAUGUAAUUAAUUAAUUAUAAUAAUAACAAUAAUAGUAACCAGUGGUAGCAGUGUUUUUAUAUACCAAUAUAUAAAAUAAAACAUAAUAUUUAAAAACGAUUACGGGUACGUGAGCUCGAUAAAAGCAGUUUGACGCAACGGGAAAAUCCAUGGCUUGAAAGAGCCAGCCAAGUAGAACGUGAUUGACAUUCACAAAGCCGUCGAAGAAUAACUUUUUUUUACUUAAAGGGUUUCUAUUCAGCCAGGAUGCACGCGGUUGGAUUGCACUCGGCGCUGGCCAUCAAGCGUCAAAGAAACCGGCGAGAUGAGCAGCGACGAGCCCGCGAGCGCCGCUACAGCGCGCAAUCCGGGGAAAGCGGCCUGACGUCUCCUAGAGCCUCGACGGGGUCCUUGGACCGGCACCACCGACACCGUCAUGUAAUCCAGCAACACCACGCCGGCCAGGGGAUGGUCGACUCCAAGGUGGUCACCUCCAUUGGGAUGCUCCAUAUCGGGGUGGUCUUCCUCGUCCUGGGAGGCUUCCUCCUGGGCAGCGGACUCCUCCCAGGUGACCUGGCGACCUGGAGCUCCAAAGGCUCCGGUGGCUGGUGGAACGAGCUGGUCGCCACCGGGCUCUUUGCAGUUGUCGUCGGAAUUUUCCUGAUCGUCUUGAAUCGCGUAAUUGCUAAGCGGGAAGAAGACGACCUAGAGGAGUACGUCCAGAGACAACUCACCAGGUCCAGGUCCGGCCACAGACUCGAGAGGGACGUAGAGACCGGAGGACUCACCACCAGACAUGCCAGGAAAGCGAAGCAGCUCAAGAAAAUGACCUCCCUCAGCUCGAUCGAGCUGCAAAGCGAAAAAACCACCAGUUCUCCCCCCAGAAGUCCUCCUCCCGCGUACUCUCCACCUCCAGUUGCGAAUGGGGACCACUCGGUCCAGCCGCCACUCUUUUUGGAGCAGAUCACCGAGGAGGAGAUCAUCAGCGACAGGCUGGAGACCUCGACUACCAACAGUCUCAGUCCGGGGUCGCCUAGCGAAACUAGAGAGCUACUGCGCAAUAAUUCUCGACACUCUAAGCAUAAUGGCACUCACACUCCCCAACACAACCACAAUUAUCACCAUCACGACGAGCAUCCUCCGAUUUACGUUUCUGCUAGGAAUUAAUUAAUUCACUAAUUAAUUGUUUAAGGGUCUUAAUAAGCACCACGGAAAAGGUUAUUUUAGUUAUAAAAAAGGAUUUUGAUUGGUAGUUAUGAUAGGUAAGGAUAGUGAAUUACAAAGAUGUUGAUUGCGAACACCAAAUUAUUAUUAUUGUUUUUGUCUAAAGAUUAUUUAUGCUCGGUUGUUUAUUGUAGUUAUUAUUACUAUUAUUAUUAUUAUUAUUAUUAUUAUAUGUAUAGUUAUUGUUAAUCUUUAUACUUUGAUAUUUUAGCGAGAGUUCAAUCAUUUAUCGAUAAUUGCACCUGUAGGGUUUAGUUAAUUGUACACGUAAUUAAUAUUUUUAAUACUAAUGAUAGUUCGCGGUUAUAGUUAGUUAGUUGAUUAUUACUUUGAUUGCCAAUUUAGUUCUCAGAGGAUCAACGACUAUUAGCAAUUACGCCGAGAUAAUUCAAGUAAUUUGGUAGUUUUUUUAUAGAAGUAAUUAAAUUAAUUAUCUGUGAAGAAAUUUUUUGAUAUGGUUUGUCUUUUUUGAUGGUCAUGAUAUGUAUGGCUUGAUAUAUUGUGUUUGAUAAAAUGGUAUUAAAAAUCUCCAACAGAUGGCGCAUGGCCACUGAAUCGUCUCACUGCAAGAGAGUUAAGUUUAAUACCAUAAAAUUUUUUCACGGAUAUUAUUAAUUAAAAAACGAAAAAUUAUAAAAUUUUAGAAAUUACAAUCUCUAAUUAAUUAAAAUUACAAUCAAAAUUUCUAGUUACAUAAAUAAUAACUUCAAUUUUUAUAAAAGUUAAUCAAUGUCAGUAUUUUGUUGCUUGCGCGUAUUCUGUAAAAGAUCUAAAGUAAUAUAAGAGCUCAUUGAUCAUCAGUGACAUAUCGUCGAUACAAGUAAUUCAGAGAGAUAUAUAAAAAGAACAUUAUAUACAUAAAUAAUAUUCGCUUAUAUUUUCAGCAGAGUACAGAUAAAAAUCAAUACAUCUAUUAUAUAUAUCGUAACCGAUAAUAAUAAUAAAUAUACGAAAACGAUUUAUUAAAUACAGACGUGAUUGACGGACCAAGGCAAAUGUUGCAAAAUUAUCACCGGCAACAUUAUCUAAUAAAAUAUAUGAAAAUACGAAGCUAUUAAAAAUAUCACUUGCAACUUGCAAUCGCAUUUUUUAAAUAAUAAAUUCUUUAUAUAUAAGUAUAUUGAAUAUUAAAUAUACAAUUAUAGGUUAAUUUAUUAUUAUAAUUAUAAUACCAAUAAGCCAAAUAUAUACUCGUUUAUAAAAUUCAUCUUUACACAGAUUUUACAUCGAUGUCGAAUGGAUUUAAAUAAUUAUUUACCUGUCUCGUCCUCCGAAUAAAUAGCCGGGAUCGAUUAACAAAGUCUAAUAAUUAUUUGGAUUACGCAAGUCUGCUCAGAAAUAUAUACAUCUAUUAUUUAUCAUUUAUAUAUAUAUUAUAUUAGAUCAUAGAAGAUAAAAAUUAUAAAUUAUUUACAAUCUUUUAUUAUAUAUAAUAUAAGUAUACACGUUUAAUAAUAUUUAAGCUAGUGAAUUGAUAUUAUUAAAAGUACAUUCCAAUUUUUAAUACCUCGAAUUAUUUUGCGUUAUAGCUUAAGCAUUUGAGAAAUUCUCCGAAACUUUUUAUUAUUAUUUUUUUGUUUUAUUUUAGUUAAAUAAAUUUAUGCAGAUGUUCUGAUAUCAAUUUUAAUUUUCGAAUAAAAAAUUCUAUCAAGAAAACUUUUUAUUAAGAUUACAGAUAAAGUACUUGGUAUUGAUGUCAAUAAAGGGAAGGGAUGAAACACGGACGUUUACUUUUUAGGCAAUCAUGAUUUUCAAUGGAAUAUUCAACUGAAUAAUGCUGGAUAAUUUUUUUUUUUCAAUUCCUCUUAAAUCAAAUUAAAAUUUUUUUUUUGUUAAAUAAAAUUUAUAUUGUUCCUGAGAAUUUCUCGAAGAAAUAAAAUUGUGCUCGGGCGCUACUAUUCUGUGAU